AACGCGCAUCGCGCUGUUGGAGGCUUCGUGAAUCCCUUUGAGCUGUCACUCCAUGCUAUUAGAGUCCUAACUGAUUCGAGCUGGUACUCAUAGGCACUUUUAUUUUCAUAUAACUCUAGUUAUGUCGAAAACGAAUUCAAAAUCUCCAGCAGACGGCAUGAAGCAGAAGAGCUUGAUGUCGUUCUUUGGCAAGUCGAACGCGACGCCUGCCAAGUCAAAGUCAAAAUCAAAGCAAGAAGGGCCUUCGGACUUCAAACCUGCGAAGCCAAAUGUGACCAAGGAGGCUCACAAGUCAGACGUAAAAGAAACUGUGGAGGUAUCUGCCAGUUCAUUGCGUACACCCGCUGGCAAGGGUGCCUCCCAAUCAUCUGGAAUCAGCAGCGCACAGUAUACUCGUGGUUCGGAUGGCGGGAGCAGUGCUUUUGACACACCACCCACAAGCGAUCCCAUUGACGUGGACAUGUCAUCUGAAGUUGAAGAGGAGAAGAGUACGAAGCCUGAGCAAACGAGACAGAAACGCAAAAUCGUCAUUGACGAAUCCGAUGAGGACGUCGACGGGUCUGCGUAUAAGAAAGGCUUAUCCGCGUAUCAACCUUCUCCCGAGCCUUCAAAGAACAUCAACCGUGCAAAGAAACAGCGUAUUGCGGCUUUGAUCACAGACGAUGAAGAUGAGCCACCGAAACCCUCAGGUCGCCUGAAGAGGCAGAAAGACGUUACAGUGUUCUCAGAUGACGAGAAUGACGAAGAGAACCCGCGUAUGAAUGAGUUCACCAAACGUCUCACUCAGUUCAAGAAGUCUCCAACUAAAGGGAAAGCCAAAGGUCGUAAGGCGAAGUCUGAUGAUGAUGAUGACUUCAUUGUGCCAGACGACGAAGACGAGGAAGAGGACGAACCUCUGGAGUCAUCUUCUCGAGCACCCUCUCGCACUUCAGGAGUCUGUUCGCGGGCCUCUUCUCGAGUAUCAUCCUAUGCACAUACGUCUGAUGCCGACUCAGAUGCACCCUCCAAACCUAAAAAGAAGUCUGCUGCCGCGCGCGCUUCGCUGAAGGAUUCAAGCUCGAAAGGAGACAGUGGCAACAACCUCUUCUUAACGGCAGCGGAACAACGUACUCAACAGCAGAAAGCCGACAAGAAAAACACAGAAGAUCCGUUCUCUUUCUUGGUCGAUGUUAGGGAUAAAGAUGGCUUACGACCUGGAGAACCUGGGUAUGAUCCCAGAACGCUAUACAUACCCCCGAAAGCUUGGAAAGGAUUCACACCGUUCGAGAAACAAUUCUGGGAAAUCAAGCAGAAUCACUUCGACACUAUCUUGUUCUUCCAGAAAGGAAAGUUCUUGGAGCUUUAUGAAGAAGAUGCGCGUAUUGGACAUCAAGAGUUCGAUCUGAAACUUACCCAUCGAGUGAAGAUGAGUAUGGUUGGUGUCCCGGAGAUGUCGUUCAACUUCUGGGCUGCGAAGUUCCUUGCGAAAGGUUACAAGGUUGGGCGAGUUGACCAAGCCGAGACAGCACUCGGUGCCGAGAUGCGUGUCGCAGCAGACAAGUCCAAAGGGAAAACCAAAGCCACGGCAGAAGAGAAAGGCAAGGACAAGAUCGUCCGUCGAGAGCUCAACAAGGUCUACACCAACGGUACGCUGGUCGAUGAGGCUUUGCUCACAGACGAGCAAGCCGGUCACUGUGUGUCAAUCAGGGAGGAUAGCGAAGAAGGUGGCAAGGAUGACCACCGACGGUUCGGUAUAUGCGUCUUGGACAGCUCUACGAGCGAGUUUAAUCUGAGCUCGUUCGAGGAUGACGUCUGUCGGACGAAGUUGGAGACGUUGAUGAGGCAACUUAGGCCCAAAGAGAUCAUCUUCACCAAGGGUAACCUCACUGUGGCCACUACACGCCUUCUCAAAGCGGUUCUUCCUGGCAGUUGUCUUUGGACGAGCUUGCGCGAGAGCGAGGGUCUACCAUACGACAAGACUUUGAAGGAACUCAAGGGUCUCUAUCCCGCUGGUGAAGAUGACGACGAUAUGGAUGACAACGUGCAUGGCCUAGGAAGCUCUAUUCCGGAGGCUAUCAGAAAGAUGGUGGGGUGCAAGGAAGCGAUGGAAGCACUUGGUUCGAUGAUCUGGUAUCUCCGUACCCUCAAUAUCGACAAGGAAAUUCUCAGCAUGAAAAACUUCAAUGUUUAUGACCCUAUGAAGCGAGGCCAAGGACUGGUCCUCGACGGCCAGACUCUGGCUCACAUUGAGGUGUUGCUCAAUAGUGAAGGUACGGAGGAAGGAUCGCUGUUGAAGUUGCUUGGACGGUGCAUCACUCCUUCAGGCAAACGUCUAUUCCGAAUUUGGCUCUGUAUGCCUCUUCGCAAUGUUGCAGACAUCAACACUCGACUUGAUGCAGUGGACGAUCUCAUGACUCAUCCUACAUUCGAAGCCAAGUUUGCUGAAGUCUGUAAAGGACUCCCUGACCUCGAACGGAUUGUCUCCCGUAUACAUGCAAAGAACUGCCGAGUCAAGGAUUUCCUGAAGGUCCUAGAUGCUUUCAGGACUCUCAGCAAAGGUCUGUCUGAGCUUGCAGAUGAAGCCGAAUCCUUCGAGUCCAAAGCAGUUUUGGGCUUGUUACGUUCGGCGCCCGACUUGUUACCACAUAUCAAGCACGUCAAGAAGAUGUUCCAGAAGACUGAUGAUAAAACGGACGAAGUUGUUCCACAGGAAGGUCAAGAUGAGGAUUACGACCGCAUCGCGGAAGAGAUCAACGGCCUUGAAGAGGAACUAGAGAAGGAGUUGAAGAGGUUGGAGAAGAAGGUUGGGUGCAAGCUGACGUAUUGGAACAGUGCCAUAGGCACAAAGGAAAUCUACCUUGUGCAAACAGGUCCAAAGGAGAAGAACAUUCCAAGAGACUGGACGAAGAGUGGUUCUACGAAGGCCGCGGCACGUUGGGUGGUCCCUGACCUUCAACCUACCAUCCGUAGUCUUAAGGAAGCCAGGGAGAAUCACAGCACCGCCGUCAAACAGUUUAAGAACCGACUAUAUGCGGAAUUCGAUGCUGAUCGUAGCGUCUGGCUUCGUGCUAUUCGAGUUCUCUCGGAGUUGGAUUGCCUGUUCAGCUUAGCCAAGGCAUCAAAUGCAAUAGGCGAGCCCUCCUGCAGACCCGAAUUCGUUGAAGGAGAUUCUGCCUGGGUCGAUUUUGAGGAACUGAGACACCCUGCGCUGUGUAUCAGCUCGACUCUAAAGGGUGACUUUAUCCCCAACGACGUGAGGCUUGGUGGAGAUGUGGGAAGAAUCGCUUUACUGACAGGACCGAACAUGGGAGGAAAGUCAACGGCUAUGCGUAUGACCGCGACGGGUGUCAUCAUGGCGCAACUUGGCAUGUAUGUCCCGGCCAAAAAGGCGAGGCUUUGCCCUGUUGAUGCUAUCCUGACUCGUAUGGGUGCAUACGACAACAUGUUCUCGAAUGCUAGUACGUUCAAGGUGGAACUUGACGAAUGUUGCAAGAUUCUUCGUGAUGCGACGCCGAAGUCGUUGGUCAUUCUCGAUGAACUCGGUCGUGGUACUUCAACGUACGAUGGAAUGGCAAUAGCAGGGGCCGUUCUUCACCAACUCGCCACCCAUACACUAGCACUUUCGUUCUUCGCUACACACUAUGGAUCACUAACGGACGACUUUGCGUACCACCCAAAUAUCAGGAACAUGCAUAUGUCUACGCUCGUAGACGAUGAGAAAAUGGAGCUGGUCUUCCUGUAUAAACUGGUGGAAGGUGUCGCCUCGUCUUCCUUCGGCACGCAUGUCGCGAACCUAGCGGGGGUGCCAAUGGAGGUUGUCGAACGCGCCGACGUGGUGUCCAAAGACUUCGCUCGAAAGUUCAAAGAAAAAAUCGAGGGCAAACGCAAGACUGGGGCAUCCGGUCGACUUCCUUUAGUCGCUCAGGCGGAUUUCGCCUACUUAUAUGGUCUUGCAGCUGGUAAAGCGGAGUUGCCUGACAACGAAGUGAGGAAGAGAGAGGUGUUGAAUAUUAUGAAGGCGGCCGUGAAGAGUUGUCUUGCGCAGAACGUUACUCGGUAAGGUAACGAGAUGAAGAUCCUUGUGCGUUUCUUGGGCGACAUGGACGCAAUUACAUAUUUCUUGGAUAUCUUGACAAUUUAUAUUUGCUUUCGAUGCUAUCAUACUGACAUACCCUUCUCAUCGAUACUUGCUUUGCUUCUGUUACCCGUCGUACAUACUUCACAUCGUACUAUAAUAGUAUCACCGUUGUUUCUAUGCAGAAAGAAAU